AUGGAAACCACAAACCCAAAACUGAAUCAAGCAAUACUCAUAGAUGCAGAAAGAAUUUUCACACCAAAUGGUGGCCCUGAGUUCUUACAGGACAAUCUGUACAACAAUACAGACAAACCAAUCGACAUUGCAGCUAUAAAGGACCAACUAAAAUCAUCAGAACUAGAUAUAGACCCGACAGAACAAAUAGAUACAGAACCAAACCAGGAUGGAAGGAAAGUGACACCAUCUUAUAAACAAAUACUAAUGAACACCACCUAUGCUAAUGACUCCUACGUGGAACUUGAAACAAAAUGGUCAAAAGUUAUGAUAAAGUUCACGCAUAGCAAACAAGAAGAAUGUUGUAACGCUUAUACCUGGGAUAACAAAGCAAUUAGUGAAGCAACCCACAAACUAGAGUCCUUCGAAAAGUUCUUGUGUCAUAAAUAUACAACAAUUCUGACAGAGAGUGAAAUUCCUCAUACAAUUAAAAUCAAAAUUAAACAUAUAGACAAAUUCUUCUUUUACACCUUUACACAGAAUCAUAAAGCAAAACCAGCACAUCACAAAAAGAAAACUUCCACAAGACCCCAAAAACUUACACUUAAAAACAACAUUCACUUUCCCAAUCAACAUGUAAAUUCUACAGAGAAACCUAACCUUCCCCAAGACUAUAAAGAAAUAGAAGGAUUCAAAAUAAUUAUUUCAAUAACCUUCAUAGAACAAGUAGCAGAUAUAGCAAGAAGAUUAAAAACCAAAUAUUACUUCUACAGAAUACCAGAAAACUGGAUUAAAAUCAAAGAAACACACAGUAACUCACCACACAAUAUCAACAACUUACCAAACACUAUCGAAGAAUUAAAAGCAGAAGUGAGAAAAAAACAGCUGGAGCUAAUUAAUAUAAUACCUAUAGUAAGACACUAG